UACUACCGACAGUUAUAAUUUAAACCCUACUUUAACCGUGAUUUUACUUUUAAAACACCACCUAGAGAGUUACAAUACAUCUCGGUUAAUUCAAACAGAGUUUACCCUUAAGACCUAAACUGAUCUUUAAUCAAGUAACUUCCUACGAAAUACCCCCGGUCGGUAUAGAUGGACUGCUAACGAGUAAACUUGUGUAAGCAGGGUAUGCAGGAACAAAUGUAUAAGUGACCUAGACUUAUCAUUCAAGCAGCUUCCAUGAACAACCUGAAUGACCCCCCCAGGUGGAACAUUGAGCCAGACCCCCGAGGAAGGGGGGCGGGGGCCAGUGAUGGCCAUCAAUGGAACUACGCCCUGCUGGUCCCAAUGCUGGGAUUGGCUGCAUUCCGUUGGAUCUGGACGAGGGAGUCUCAGAGGGAAAUCCAGGAGGUCAAAGCUCAGUAUAAAAUAGACAUUUCAACAAUAAAAAGCGAAAUGGAGAUAAAGUACCGUGAGACACUUACAGAUAGGCGAAGGGCAGCAGCUACACUCGAGCUGGAGCUGGAGAAGGAGAGGCAGAGGGUGAAAGGCUACAAACAGGCCAUGGUCUCACAGAGCCAUCAGCUGAUGAAAGAACGGAAACAGCUACAUGAGGAGCGUGAAGCCUUGGAGGAAGAAAAGCAGAGGCUGGUGAAGUCUGGCGCUGCAGGGGCGGUACUGCAUCACGCCCUGGAGCGAGAAGACAACCGGUCCCAGCGAGCCAACGCCACUCUGGAGGAGCUGGAGUAUCAGCUUCUGGAGCGCCAGAAUGCUUACUGUUCCCUCAUCCAACCUCGGGACCAGCGGCUGGAGAUGGAGAAGAACAUGCUGAUCAAGGUCGUCAAAGACCCUGUCCUGGCAGAACUGGACCUAGAGUCUGAUCUUAAGGAUGUUUUUAAGAGAGAUACGCACUGUGCUGACUUGCUAAACAUGGACAAGAGGAAGAAUGGCAGCCUCAUGUGGGUUUACCUCAAGUACUGGCAGCUGCAGGUCACUGUGCAGAAACACAAGAGGGCUGAAGGAGCCAUCUUAGGAGGGAAAAUCCAGUCCCACACAAAGUGACGAACACGAGCUGGGGUUUUUCAUUAGACUUUUAAGAAUGUUCAGAGGAGUGGUGGAUCAGGACUGAAAAUGCAUGUUUUUUUUGUUGUUAUCUUCUUUACUUGUUAAGGCCCGGACACACCAAUCUGACAACAAAGAACU